AUGCCGCCCAAGAAGAAACCCAAGCUGACCGAUCUCCAAGCUGAAAGCGCGCAGCUAUCCUCGAACACACCAGCCAGUGAAGUCGCAACCAAACCAGAAAAUGGGCACGACUUGGUUGCGGAUCCUUGGACUGAUGAACAGGAAACGGCACUGCUGAAGGGUAUCAUCAAAUGGAAACCAGUCGGGAUGCACAAACAUUUCCGCAUGAUCGCGAUCUCCGAGUUUAUGAAGAGCCAAGGCUACGCACCCUCGAAUUGCGAACACACACGGAUACCGGGAAUAUGGAUAAAGCUCGGAACUCUAUACAAUCUUCCUGCGCUGGACGAACGGGAAGAUUCGUUGAUCACAGAACCCUCCGAUGACCCCGAUGGAUCCAAGGACUUCUACUGCCCGUUUGAACUUCCCGGGGACGAGUACGCCGACCUGAUGUUCGAGAGACGAUUGGCGAUGGAGGGGUCCGCAUCGCCUAACCCGAGUGCUCAUGCGGAUUCUAGGAGGGGUAGUACGAUAGCUGAUACAGAUGAAACUCGUUCCUCUCCAGUACCAUCGCGCGGCCGCAAGGGUACUCGUGGUCGGCCAGCGACACGAGGCACACGGUCGAUGCGCCUUCAAGUCGAAGUCGAGUCGCGAAAAGGAUCAGGUACCGGCGAUGAAGACGCGAAUUCCGAAGAGGCCGGAGCGAACGACGACGGUGACGAGGAAGGCACAGAUGCCGCUCAGGAUGAGAGUGAGGCUGAGGACGAUGCAGAGGGGGACACGAGUGGCUCUCCAACGACAAGGAGCACGCGUGCGCAAACCACCAAAUCGAAGCAGAAAGAGCGAAGAGGCGGAGGGCUUGGAACCAGAAGAGGUGGUCGACGACGUUAG